GCCAAUUUUGGAAGGAAAAAAAAGCGUUACAGAUUAUUGUUUACACCGUUUUAUGCAAUGAAUCUACCAUGCGAAUUUGAUCUUAGUAGAUUUCGCCAACUACUAUUUUCCACUUGUCAUUUCUACCGACUUUUUGGUCAAUUUUGGUGGGUUAUUCUUCAAGUCAACUGUGGGGUGACUCCUUCGAAGAUGAGACCGGUAACCGGAGACAACGCGGCAACAAUCAUCCGUCCAACAUCUCUCUCUCCCACACGCAGUCUCAAUAUAUAAUUAGUUAUUAAUUCCUCAUUUUACAAUCCACGCCGGUGACCAUAUCAUCAUUCACACACACCCCCUCGUAGAAAAAUUAAAUUAUCGAAAGAGCUCACAACCGGCGACGAUGGCGGACGCCGCCGUGGAAUUCCUGCUGGAGAACCUGAAGCAUCUCCUCCUGACCAAGGCGGAGCUAAUCAGCAGCGCCAAGAGCCAGGUCGAGCGGCUCGAGAAGGAUCUGCGCCUCUUCAACGCCUUUCUCAAGGACUCCACCAAGAAGCGGCGGAAGGACCGCCGCCUCCAGGAGCUCGUCCGGCAGAUUCGUGACGUCGUGUACGAGGCGGAGGACGUCAUCGACGCCUUCGUGACCCAGGCGACGGAGACCAAGUCGACGAACUACUUCCUCAAGCUCCGCAAGCCGUUCAAGCUCAUGAACAUCGCCGAGCAGGUGGAGGCCGUCCAGGUCAAGGUCAAGGAGAUCUACGGCGAUAAGAACCUCAUCGACUUUUCCACCCUCAAGAUUGGAGAUGAAAAGCCCGACGAGGUCGAGGCACCAAUUGUGAGACAAGAAAACGUGGUCGGUUUUGACGACGAGGCAGCGAAAAUAAUUGGGUACCUCAAUGAGAAGACAGAACAACUCGAUAUCAUCUCCAUAAUAGGCAUGCCCGGCCUUGGCAAGACGACCUUGGCAGGAAAAAUCUUCCGGGACCCGAACAUCCAGUUCGAGUUCCCCACUCGCAUAUGGGUCUAUAUUUCCCAAGAAUUCACGAAGAAAGACAUCUUUCUAGCCAUCUUAAAAGAGUUUACUAGGAUCACUGAGGACAUUUACAGUCGAAAUGAUCAGGAUCUAGCUCGACUGGUGGCGUCUCAUUUAGAGAAAGGGAAAUUCUUGAUUGUCAUGGAUGACGUGUGGACAUCCAACGACUGGGACAAGCUCCAAAUAGCCCUCCCAAAGGGCAACAAGAUGGGAAAAGUCUUGAUCACCAGCCGCCAUGAAGAGGUGGCCCGGUACGCCAACCGGGAUAGGCCUCCCCACAAUCUGCGUUUCUUGACUCACGAGGAGAGUUGGGAGUUGCUGCAACUCGAGGUCUUUGGCAAGCGCGAUUGCCCUUCUGAGCUUGAGCCUUAUGGGAAGCUGAUCGUGAACGAGUGUCGUAGGCUGCCCCUCGCCAUAGUGAUCAUUGGGGGCAUUCUAGUCAAGAGAUUCUCAUCGUCUGAUAAUAUCAACGUGAAAAGCAACGCUUGGAAAAAGGUAUCGGAGAAUGUGGGCGCGUACCUCACGGAGGAGGACUCCGAGAAACGCAUGAUGAAUAUCAUAGCCCUGAGUUACGAUAAACUGCCUUAUCAUCUGAGGGCGUGUUUUCUCUAUUUCGGGAUGUUUCCGGAGGAUUACGAGAUCCCCGUGUGGAAAUUGAUCCGCAUGUGGAUUGCCGAAGGAUUUAUCCAACAAAGAACCGAUCAUACUCUGGAGGAGACUGCGGAGAGCUAUCUCGAGGAGCUCAUCAGCCGGAAUUUAAUCAGGGUCGAGAAGAGAAAGCCCGAGGGCAGGGUGAAGACGUGCCGCAUCCACGACAUGCUCCGUGAGUUCUGCAAGACUAUGGCCGGGAAGGAGAGGGAAAAUUUCCUUCAAGAGAUUAAAAAGUCAAGCGAAGGGGGCUUCAACCCGCCUGUUGGGGAUGUGGAUAAAUAUCGCCGCCUCUGCAUCCACUCCAACGUUGUGGACUUUGUCAACUCUAAGACGCUUUACGGACCCCAUAUCCGCUCUUUCGCCUGUUUCUCCAAGGAGGACAUCACCCUCCCGGGUUCGAGUCUUUCCAACAUCCCCUCGGCCUUCAAGCUCCUCCGUGUCCUAGAAGCCAAGCCCAUGAAGUUCACCAAGUUCCCUUCCGAGCUGUAUCAACUGUUUCACCUCAGAUACAUCACGCUGUCCUACAACUUGCCCACCACCACCCUUCCCACCUACUUCUCCAAAUUCUGGAACCUGCAGACCCUAGUGGUCGACACCCCGGCCCGUACGCUCGACAUCAAAGCCGAUAUCUGGAAAAUGACCCAACUUAGGCACAUCAAAACAAACGCAUCCGCAUCCCUGCCUGCGCCACCCAAGACGGCGGGCAAAGAAGGCGAGAAGCUCCAGACCCUUGGCUUCGUCUCGCCGCAGAGCUGCACGGAGGAGAUCCUCAACCGGGCCCGCAACCUCAAGAGGCUCGGCAUUCGUGGCCGCCUGGACAUGCUUUUAGAAGGGAAAGUCGGGUCGUUCGACAGCCUUGCGAAGAUGGCAUGCCUUGAGAAGCUGAAGCUCGUGAAUGACGUGUUCCCUAGCCCGGCUUCCGAGGGCCAGCUGCGGUUCCUUCCGCAGCAUUACAAGUUCCCGCCGAAACUCCGGAGCCUGACUCUCUCUGAAACAUUUCUCGAAUGGAGCCAAAUGUCCAUCUUGGGCUUGCUCGACAGCCUUGAGGUGCUGAAGCUCAAGGAUCGGGCUUUCAAGGGAAAGUAUUGGGAGGCGGCUGACGGGGGAUUCCGCCGCCUGGAAGUGCUGUUUAUUGGGCGGACAGAUCUGGUCGUGUGGAAGGCCUCGGGACAUCACUUCCCGAGGCUCAGGCGGCUCGAGCUGAAGAACUGUGAGGAGCUUGGGGAGAUUCCAAUUGGGCUGGCGGAUGUGCCGAGCCUGCAGUUGUUGGACGUUUACCGUUGUAAAUCUGCAGCUGGGUCCGCCAAGAGAAUCCGUGAGGCCAUAAAGAAGAAGAAGCAGAAGGACCAAACUCAAGUUGCCGGAGAGGGCAUGUUCAAGCUCACCAUUUUUCCUCCCGACGAGUUGUUGGCUUGACGGCUAUCAUGCAAAUCUGCUCAAGUGGGUAGAUACGACUUGCGAUGCAAGAAGAUCUUUCCAUCCCACAAUGUUAUCUUGUUGUGCUCAUGUUAAAUGUUUUGUGUUCACGUAUCAUUGUGUUGAACUCUUUUUGUAUUGCCUUGCCUUUGUAUCAGUCGAUCUCUGAUCGGCGUCGUCGUUGUCUGAGACUUGUUAAAUCUUAAUGUUUAGUGGCUAUUGAUUGGAACAAUUGACGCACUUUGUAAUAAUUUAUCUGCAAAUAUUGGACAUUCAAUCAUCUUUAGGAUUCUGAGUGUUCUGAUAUCGUGCGCCUUUAUGCAUAUGAAUGUAAUGUUGGAUUAUUUGGUUAAUUAGGACACGCUUUGCAUAUUUGCUUGACAGAUUUUGUUUUUUCUCCCUGAAAUAUGAUAUGAUAAUUUAAUGCUGCAUUUUGUUGGAAUAAGAGCUUAUGCGUGAAGAAUGAAGAUGAAGUGUAGCCGUUCUGUUUCUGUGAUUUCUGUUAUGUUUUCUGAUGUGUUUAGCAAAAACGGGUUUGGUAUCUUAGUGCGGUUUGCUAUUUUGUAGCGUUUUCAUUAAUAGGUACGGCGUCGUUUUAUGUUAGUAAAAGAACUAGAGGAUGCGACGUCGUUUCAUGACUAUAGGUCGUCUUCUUCUGUGUGCAUAUACGACACAUUACUGAAUACUAAGAUUGAGAUAUUUGUG